AUGCAUGUAAACUGGCUUUGUAGCUGUUCGAAAGAGCCCAAAUCCAUUUAUUUCCUUAAUGUAUGUCGGACCUGUCAACAAAUAUCUUGCAAUCGGUGCCAGACACCAGAGCUUGUGGUGAAGUAUUGUCCUGGAUGUUACGCGACAGUUGAGAAUGGGAGCCAAACUCGAUGCAGCAGAAACUGUUUGGAGUGUCCAAAAUGCCACAAUCAACCAAUUGUAACAAUUGACCGUCUGCAGCCGUCUGGCAAAAAGGAACUGCUGCUCAAUUGUCCUGGCUGUGGAUGGGCCUCCCGAAGUGGUGAAUUGGAGACUGCUAAAUCCCAAGGCCUGGCCUCCUAUUUCAACUCAUUGAGUGAAAAACAGAACUCAAACACCGCCAGAUUCCGCGAUCUGCAGGCAUUCUACAGCACCAAACGGAAACUGGAAGAAGUUGAGGCCAAAUGCAGUCAAGGAAUGCUCGAAACCUUGGAUGAAGCAACAUCUCGAAAGUUAGCAGGAAAACUUCAAACUGCAAAAUUGUACGAGCUGAUCAACGAAGAACACGCUGUGCCAGUGCGGAAAAUGCAUGCGCAUGAUGUCUCGAAAUCCACUGUGUCAUUACCAUUGCCACGCAGACUCGCGGCCAAGUAUAAUUUCAAAUGCCCCCAUUGUGAUGCCCUUCUUACGCAAGUGUCUCCAGACCCGAAGUCUUCCCGAUUUAUUCAGGAAUCUUCUGCUUUACACCUAUUGCCAGACGUGGAAGCUAUUCCUUUGACGACAGUCGAUCCGGCCGGCAAUCACACCUACAAAGAUAUAGCCCUCGUUUUCAGAGCGACCGAGCAAUCUGCUAUGGGACUGCAUAUAUCAUUGGCGGCGCCCACCACUGCUUACUUGCCGGUAUGCGAAUUCGCUCUAGAGCUUCAAGAAGAAUAUGUGCCGGCACAAACCCCAGUUGAAGAGAUCAGCAAUUUCGCUACACGCAUUCCAAACUAUAUGUUGAGUCGAAGUCGUCUUUCUGCGGUGCAAACAAGGACAGAACUCUUGAAGAGUGGUCUGCAAGCUACAGAAGUAAAUACUGACAUCGUGGAUAAAGGAGACGGGUGGACUAUAAUAUCAUUACAUUUGCUGGAAGCGGCAGAGUCCCAUCAGAUACAAUUACUAGCGUCCUCCCGCGAUACAAAUAUAACACUCCAGAUGGUUGUGUCUUUAUAG